AUGUGGGGCCGGCGGCGGGGCCGGCGCGGCGGGCGCAGCGCGGAGGAGCUGCGGCUGCGGCGGCGGGAGCGAGAGGCAGCUCUCAGGAGGGCCCGGCGGCAGGAGCAGCUGGUCAGCAAGCGGCUGCUGCGGGAGGACAGCGCCGCCGAGGAGGGGGCACAGGAUGGAGCCGACGUCGUGCCAGACCCACUCUCAGAGGAUGAGGUUCUGGAGCUGCUCAGGGGUGUGCAGAGGGGUUCCGAGGACAGGAAGCGAUCGCUCGGCCGCCUCCGCUGGGCUCUGCAGAACGAGGACACUCAGCAGAAGUUUGUCAGGCUGGACGGCAGCAUCCGGACGCUCACCGGGCUCUUCACCAGCAGCCUGGCUGACCUGCAGCUGGAGGCUGCCCGCUGUCUGCACGAGCUGUCCCACUCCAGUGUCCCUGCUGUGGCCGAGGCGUGCCUGCCUGUCACCUCCUACCUGCUCACCUACCUGUCAGGACACAGCCUGGAGCUCACGGAGCUGUGUUUGUACACCCUGGGGAACCUCGUAGUAGAAAGUGAGGCUGUGAGGAAGCAACUGCUGCCUCAGGGCAUUAUUCCAGUGCUGGCAUCCUGCAUCCAGUCCCCUCACGAGGCAGUGCUGGAAGGUGUGGGCUAUGUCCUCUCACAGCUCCUCCAAGCCAAGGAAGCACCCACGGAGAUCAUCCCGCUGGUCCUGGACUCGGCUCUUCCCCAGCACAUGCUCCAGCUGGUCUGCCCUGGCCUCAAGGCUGGCAUGGGAGCAGCUGUGGAGUUUGCCUGGUGUCUCCACUACAUCAUUUGUAGGCACGAAGACAACGCGCUGCUGCUGGCGCUGGGGGCCGUGCCCGCGCUCACCUCGCUCCUGCUCGACCUGGCUUCCCAAAUCCCCCAGGAUGCUCCCGAGGGGCUGGAGCUGCUCGUGUGCCCCGUUCUGCGGUGUCUCUGUGUCAUUGACACUGUCUCUCCCUCUUCUUUGCAGCCCACAGACAUCGACAAAGGACCCGGCUCAGCCAAGGAGCUCAUCAAGUCCAUCAAUGAGAAGUUUGCUGGAGCUGCUGGCUGGGAGGGAACAGAAGCUUUGAAGAAGCCAGAAGACAAGAAGCAGCUGGGAGACUUCUUUGGCAUGUCCAACAGCUAUGCCGAGUGCUACCCUGCCACAAUGGAUGAUAUGGCUGUGGACAGUGAUGAGGAGGUGGACUACAGCAAAAUGGAUCAGGGUAACAAGAAGGGGCCUCUGGGCCGCUGGGACUUUGACACGCAGGAGGAGUACAGCGAGUACAUGAACAACAAAGAGGCUCUGCCCAAGGCAGCCUUCCAGUACGGCAUCAAGAUGUCCGAGGGGCGCAAGACGCGCCGCUUCAAGGAGACCAACGACAAGGCGGAGCUGGACCGGCAGUGGAAGAAGAUCAGCGCCAUCAUCGAGAAAAGGAAGAAGUUGGAGGCUGAUGGGGUUGAGGUGAAACGGCCCAAGUACUGAUUAGUCCUGCAUUUCUUUCUCCCUCUCCUGGAAUCCUGGCCUGCUGGGAGCUGCCUUCCUGGAGCCUGCUGGUGUGCUCUCCUUGCUCCACACACCGUCCACUCUCUGCAGGGCUGGGGGCUCUUCCCUCCCUCUGUUCUUUGCUGUAGAGCCUGUGCUGUGUAAAUGUUGUAGCCUUAAUAAAACUUCAUUAAAUUUGUGUGUGAGC